AUGACUGCCUGGAAAGAUGUGCUUUACCACGUGUUCCAUAGAUUACCUGCAUACAUUGUAUGUAGGUUUAAGUGCGUAGGAAAAAGAGUGGACUACACCAGGAUCCCCAGAUUUUGUGAGGAACAAGCAGACCAUAUGCUGUCAGUUGGCGAUCUCCACAUCUUCACUUCUCCGGUCUCUGACUAUCACCAAGUUACAGGGGUGGGUCUACAUAAUUUAUUAGAGGACGGGCCUGCGGCUGGUGUUCCGACAGACUUUUUCAAUGUCGUUGCACGGUCGGGGAAGAUUCUUUCGUCAUUAAAUGGCUUGAUUGUUGUCCGUUUAAGACAGAAAAAAGUGCUUCGUCUCUUGAUCUGUAAUCCUGUGACCAGUUCAUGGGCUCCCCUCAGGACACGUUGUGGUGAGUACGAUGCGAAUGCUAAUGUCAAUAUCAUCAUCAUCCCAGCUACGGUCCCGACCCGCAAUGAUUAUCGAUUGCUUUCGGUCACCCGACAAAAUAAGAUUUUCCCGCCUUAUGUCUUAAAGUACAACAAAAUAGCGGACCAGUGGCAAGUUCUUAACCCAGACAUGAAUUUGGGUGACCGGAAAUUGAAUAUUAGUAAACCUGCAAUUGUGAAUGAAUGGAUAUAUUUUAUGUAUGACAAUUAUCAUUACAUGAACUUCAUUGAUGAUGCUACCAUCAUGCCAUACAUAAUGGCCUACUCACUCACUGAUCAUACAAGCGUGCGGUUGGACCUUCCCAAUAAUGCUCUUGAAUAUCUCUUCCACGGGUCAUAUGGAGUUUUCACAUGGGGCUGUAGAUGGACAUCUGAAGAGUCUCUUUGCCUAGUAAGGUUUAUUAACUCUUCCUUCACUCUUUUCACUUGUGCAGCCCCUACUUCUCAAAAUUCUUCGUGGGUUCAAAUUCUUCAUAUUACCAUGUAA